AUGGAGUCUAGUUGCUCCGAGCACAUGCUGCCAACACACGCUUUUAUCUUAAAAACUCGACUUACUCCAGAAACUAAGAACUUCUCACUAACUACCGUGUCCCUGCUUCAUCCGGCUCUCCGCGGCCUCCCACACGUCAAGCAGCUCAUCACCAGCUUCCUCGGGCCAAGCGCAUUGCUCUCGAUCAGCGACACCUGCAAGUUCAACUCUACCAAGUUGCUGGACUGGAUCUGGGAAUCGAGUUGCACUUCUGUGGACGCCAGAACACCACAAUGGUCCAUCCAGAACUAUCUUCGCACUGAUGUGUACUAUUACCGCCCCCAGUUCGGGAAGGCGCUGAAACAUGCAGCUCAAGAUGGGGAUCUGGAGCUGGUUAAGUGGUUAUUUACCCACUUUUCGGGUUGUAUCGCGCCUGCAGAUGUGGUGGAAAUCGCAGCCACGAAUGGGCACUUCCACAUCUUAGAAUACCUGCUGAACCACGACGUCGGCCAAUUCGGCCCUCACCUUAAAUAUCAAGACGACGAAAAUGCCGAGGACGAGUGGGCUAUUUUCCAGUGGAUUCCGCGACGACCAAGAGAGGGAAACGCCGUCACAUGGGGCACUGACGCUAUCCUGGAGGCUAUCCAGCGUGGACACUUCAAGCUUGCGCGGUGGUUGGUCUUCAGUACACCGCGAACAUUUGAUGAUGAAGAGGUGACUGAACAACACGGAGCUGGCGGAGGUGUUGGUACCAGAGGGUCGAUGUCUGCUCGAGUAUGCGCGAAAACACCAAGCGUCCAGACCAUCGAAUGGAUGCUGACGUGUGAUUAUCUACGUCCUGAUGAAGAUAUUCACCCGUGGCUUAUUCUCUUCCUUGCUCGGAAGGAUCGGCUGGAUCUGAUGCAACCGAUUUGGGAGAUUUUCGCUGCAUCUCAGAAAAAUUUGAACUUGGAACCGUGGCUAGGACACUGGCGUACAGCGAUGGAAGAGGCUGCUGCUUGUGGAAAUAUGACGAUGUUGAGGUGGCUGGCAGAGCACUCGGUCGGGCGUGAGGUUUGUGCAAACAAGGGCUCUCGGCGAAGGAUGCUAUCGUUGAAGCAGCAACGUGGGGCCAUUUAUUGA